AUUGGUGACAAGUGCAACAAUUGAAUGCACAUUAGAGUUAGUAUAUCUAUCAUCACUACUGGUUAUUCAGGAGGUGUAAGACAGAAGUUAGUAAGCAAGAUGAAUGAAAAAGGGAUUAGUAAUUUUGAAAGAUUUGUUAAAAUUUGUUUUUGGCUGGCUAUCUUCUUUUAUUGGGUCUCUGGAGUUUUGUUAAUGUGCAUUGGAGUAUCUGUUCAGGUGAAGCUCCGUGAUAUCUAUGUAGUGAUAAAUGAUGCUGCUUCAAAAGUCCCUAUGAUCAUAACAGUUAUUGGCACACUUGUCGUCCUUUCGUCAGCUUUUGGGAAAGUUGCUCUACUAAACCGCAGUCCUAACUUGAUCAAAUUGUUCAUAGGCAUAUUGUUGGUACUGUUGGUACUUGAAAUCACAGCUGGUGCUGCCGCCUACACUUACAGACAUAAGUUGCAUCAGACUUUGUUGAGCGAUACCUUGAAGACAUUGGACAAAUAUAAUGAAGAAGUGCAGAUCACCAAAGGGGUGGACUCUUUACAGACAGAGUUCCAAUGCUGUGGUGCAGAGAACUAUACCGAUUGGCUGAACACAACAUUUGGAUCUCUCUCUUCAUCUGUCCCAAUAAGCUGUUGCAGAGUACCUGUGGAAAACUGCAUCACAGAUCUAAGCAAAGACACAGCAGGCAUUAACCAGCAGGGGUGUGUUCUAAAACUGAAUAAUUGGGUUGAAGAGCACAUUGCUAUGCUUGGAGGGGUUGGGAUUUUUGCUGGAGUUGCACAGCUAUUUGGGAUUCCAUUUUGCUAUCUGCUGUUGAGAACGCUAAAAGAAAAUUAUGAACAUAUUGAAUAAGUUUCAAGAAGCUGAUGUGAAUUCUGCAGCUGGGAUUGGAAGAAAACAUUUAACAGUGCUUCACUUUUGGGGGUCCUGCUUGUUGUGUAGUGCAUAAAUAAAAUACUUACAUCACUCCAGUGUGGUAGUUCUCAAACGUUCUACCAUCCCAUGGCCCAUUUCAAAUGGUUAUGCAAAUUGAGACCUACUGCUCAAAAAAUGGCUGCAGAUGGAAGCACCAUUUCUGUUGCAUCACUUUCUCUCGAUAUCUGAUCCCUCUUUGCAAAUUGCUAAAAAAGUUAUUCGUGAGUUUCUUCUGUGGAACUUCUUACCACAAUUCAGCUUUUCUCAGGGCAGAGAUAGUGGCUCUGGAGAUAUUAUGAACCCACCUCCCCAUUUCAGGCAGAAUUUUAUGAGGAGGUGCU